GUUAUACACAGCAGGUCCCAACUGUUUUGCGACCUCGGUAGAUCUACCAUCGUUGUCGGCUGCCAACCCUCUUGAACAGCUCUUCAGAGUCCUCAGUUGUUUGCUGAUUCAUAGCACUUUAAUCUGUAUAUGGAUCCUAGCGGCUAGGAAUUUCCAAAUCUGGAACGAGUUGCUUACUCGGCAAAGUCUAGGUUACAUGCUCGGACGUUUUCUCCUGUGUAAUGAUUGAAACGUGUAAAUCUCAUGUCGCCUUGUUGUGACCACACUCUUAGCUAGAGGUGACGAUCACGGCGAUAGGAGUGAGGAUGGAUAGCAGGUAAAUUAACACCGCACCGUCUAAUCCAGCUAUCGGUCGCCACAAUGGGCUCAACUACCCUCAUCCGCGGGUUCAAAGUCUCGGUCGCAACGUUCGAUGCCUUCCUUGCCGCCAACAGCGUUUACGAGACGUACGGAACGCCGCCCUUCUACGGGCACCAUCCAGACAAGGACCCCAUCUCCAAGCUGCUCUUCGCCAAGAUCUCCCAGUACGACUCGGACGCCGACAAGAACAAGUUCCGCGUCCUCAUCCCUGCCAUCGAGGGCGGGGGCCGAUCCAGGACGGCAUAUGUCGCCUAUGCGUGGGCUGCGGUGCGGGCACACCGCGAGAUCAAAAUGGACGAGGACCUGCCGGCCGGGGUCCCUAAGGGCGUUGAGGAGCUGCGGCAGGAGAUUCUGGGGUACGGAAAAGAUGUUGGCGAUGGGGACAAGAUUGCGGAUGAGGGAAAGCUGGGGAUAUAUAUGGUGGUCACUUAUGAUAUUCGCGGCGAUUACGGGGACGAGCUGGAUCGUUCCGAGGGCUUGUAUUAAAUGGCAGCUCAUGCUGCGAGUCUUGUAGCCACCACGAGAUGGACGAAGCCGCUAGAGCACAGCACGACGGUAAGUUGAGAGCUGUGAACCCUCCAGAACGUUCCAACCGCCCGCCGCUGUGGUCUCGCCUUGCCGGGUUGCUG